GCACAGUUUCCACAGCCGCGCAGCAACAAUUGUUCACGAAAAACCUAUACUUCUCAACUUCUGAGGAUGGCUCAGAUGGUCAACCAGAACAUGCCACCAAAGCCUGAAGUCGAAUUCGACUUUAAUCUUCCGCACGGCAUUGGUGGCGAAGCAUCGCUGAGCAAUGAACCCGAUAGUCUCAUUCCACAGACCGACCAUGAGCCGAUGGAAGAUGUUCAGCAAACAGUGGAGCGAGAUCAUGACCUGAAUUUAUCUCAUGAGAACUCAGCCCAACACGACAUGAACUACAAUACGCUCGAGGAGGGAUUUUCCGACGACGAUGAUGCUCCCAAAGCAUUCGAUUGGUCCUGGACCGCUCAUCAGGCUCGGAGGUCUUCCCCCAAAAAGAAGAAGUCACCAAGAGCCGAAGAUAGCGACGAUGAAGCCAGUCCUAAGAGCAAGAAGCCGCGCCAUUCACUUUUCGGGGGCUCAGCGGAAGAGGUCGAAGAGGACGACCUCGAAGAUCUUUUCGAAGAACCGCCUGAAGAUCGCCUUAUAGACGAGGCUGAAAACUUACCUGAGACCGAGUUGCGCAAACAUAGCAUCGGCAACCGCAUGUCUAGUCUCAAUCUCGAUCAACAAGAGAGAGAAGCUAGUCCGCUCGAGCAGCAAUUCAAUGUUGGCUUUCAGCAACCCGGAGACUCAGACAGAGAGGGCAUGUCUUCCAGAGGAUCUCCAGCGCCAUCCGACGGCGAGGUCAUCAUUCCCCCCGAUACACAGCCGGCCUAUGGAUUGCGACAAGGUAUCGACCGAAAGAAGACUUACACUUAUGUCGAUCAGGACGCGUCCGGAAACUUCGAUCCCGCGCAAGAGACCCAGAACAAGGCACUGAAAUUGAAGCAAGCAAAGGCUGCUAAAGCUGCGCAUCGUUUCAAGAAGGGAAAGCAGCGCGCAUCUAAACAGGCGGUAAUGAAGUGUAUUGCCAGACUGCUCUUCGAGAACUUCGGUAAUGUGAGGAACGUUACCAACGAGGAGGAUAACUGGCCGGCCGAUUGGUCGGACAUUGAUUCUGAAGCUGAGCGCGAGCUGCAAGAGUAUCGAGAUUUCUUCCGCCGCAAGAGCCCCGAUCGCACCAUGCAACAUCCGAUCGAAGAUCCCCUCGCCGAGGUAGAUGAUCUAACAGGGUAUCCAGCAGCGCGAGGUUGCAUAUCCUGUCGCAACAACGAAACGAGUUGCUCUCUAGUAACAGGUGGUACAUAUCCUUGCCAGGACUGCUUCGACAUGGCUAUAGAAUGCGAUCCCAUCCUUCUGCCUACCGAGAAAGGCCGCUGCAAGCAAUGUGCCGAAGACGGCAACGAGCGCUGUUCUUUUGAAGACUCGCCUGGUCAAGCUAUCUGCGACCAUUGCGCUGACAACGAGUACAUAUGCGAAGCGCUACCGCCGGUGGGCUACCGCGCUGAGAGGAUAAUUAUCGAUGAAGUUAUCUAUACUGAGGAUCGGCCCCACAUACAAUGCACGAAUUGUCGCCUGGAGAAGAAGCGCUGCAGCCUGAAGAAGAAGACCGAUAAGCCCCCAUGCAAGCGCUGCAAGAAGAACCACAUCGGCUGCACGUUUUGGGACAUCCCCAAGGUCGUCAAAGAGAAGAAGGCAAAGGUAUUGGGACCGACUAAGGGAGACGCACCGGAAGUUGCUGUACCUGAUCACGACUACUUCACGAAGGAAGACCUUGAAGAUCUAUACGGAGAAGAUGUACCGAUGUUCUCACGCUCGCCGACUCCCGAGCUCGAGAUGGAGGAUAACGCCGGCCACAAGGGUAAGCUGACAAAGAUCAACACCUGCUUCGCGCAUCCUAUUCAGUUCGGUGGGCAGAAGAACACUAGCGACUGCAACUUUUGCGAGAUUCCUAACUUUGGGUUCACUGGGCUGUUCGAGAAAGAAGUCCAUGUUAUCCAAUGGCAUAACGGGAUGGGAUACACUGAAGUUGGCGGUGGACAUGCGGAGAACAGCAACGGCGGUACGACUAUGUGCCAGGAUUGCACGAUGGGCAGAGUGCAAAUUGUGGCUUGCGAAGGACAUGAGAUUCAGCACAUAUUUCCCAACGGCAUGACCCCAGAUUUCGAUCAGACAGCUACCGAUCUCCUAGAGUCUGCUGAGACAUCGGCAGGAGUUCAACAACAACUCCAGCGCUGGUGUUCGAUGUGCUUCACCCCUGCCACAUUCGCCUGCCGCAAACACCAGAUAUCACUGUUCGAUCAAGAGAUUGAGGGAUGCGGGUUGAGGCUGUGUAUCGGCUGCCAAAUCAGGCUCACACAACAGUUCAACAACGACAGUAGCCUCAUGGCCGAGACGCUUGACCGUGAACCGAAGGCUAGCGCGGACGAGGAUAUUGAUCCUGAGAACAACAUGGUGGUCAGGGCAGACGUUGGUUUACUGUGCCAGCAAGGUUUACUUAUGAGAAGUCUUGUACAUGAAGCGGAAGAGACAGAUAGCUGAGUCGGGAUAAUGGUACUGGUGUGUUGGUAUGGGAAAAGGCGCCUCAAUGCUAUGAUGCGCAAAGGUGCUAGGUGUGGAGCCAAUCUUCGGAGUCAUGCGGAGUCAGCAUCCGUCUCACUUACUACAC